UUUGUGUGUAUUAUUAUUGUUAUUUUUUCAUCUGCAUUGUUCAUCAUUCAACAAUAGCAAAUCAUUGUGAAAUUCUCUACUAUUUGAUUUAUUUAAACGCGAAUUUUGGAAUAAUAUCGAAGUACAUACAUAUAAAUUAUAUAAAAUAUGACUAUUUUGCGUCAAAUCAAUCAUUUUGGCAGUAAAAUACUACACAAUUUUACCACAAAUGGACUGAAAAUAAACGCAACUUCUGAAGCAGCUAGAAAAUCUCUAUGGGGUUAUGUAGCCAUUGCAUUUAACCGGGUUGAUACCGAUCGUUUGCUACAGGUAGGACCUGAUCGUCUGUGCGCCGAGUGGCUUAUCAAAAAUGGUGGUGCUGUACGCACAGUGGAGUUACCCAGCAGACCGCAUCAAAAUUACAAUACACUGCCACCGGAAAAUAAUCGUUUCAAAAUCAAAGUAGUCGAUGCUAGCGGCUCUUCGAUCAUGAAAAUUGGUUUGGAACAUUUUAAGGGCUGUAAUCAUAUUGACACCGUUAUAUUGCAUGAAUGUAAACAUUUGGAAUCGGAUGGUUUACAGGGAUUAUUGCAUUUAAAGGAAACUCUAAAGGUAUUGCAGGUGUCGGCUUGUGAUAACAUUAGUGAUGAGGGUCUUAUGGUUAUUGGAGAAUUGACAAAUUUGGAAUUGUUAAAGAUAUUUGAAAUGCGUUAUGUCAAGGAUUUGAAAAAGGUUGAGCAGAAUUUAAAGGCAAAAUUACCCAAUUGCAUUAUGGAAAUUAAGUAAAAAUGGAGUGGACGAAAACGAAAAAGUUAUAUAUUCGAAAAUGUUUUAUUUAUUGACGAUGUAGGUUCACAAUUGUGCUUGAUAAAAAUCAUAAAUUGAAUGUGACCAAAAAAGUUAUUUAUUCAGAAAUGUUGUAUAUAUUAAAACUUAUUUAUUGACGUUUA